GACGCUAUGAUAGUAAGAAAGAAAACUGGAAAACUUCAGUGAGGAGACUGUUUUUUUUCUCCAUUCAUAUCUUCUUCACUGAGUCAACCUCAAACCCCAGAUUGUACAAAGCUGCUUCAUUCCAAAUCGCAAUUUCCACUUCUGAUCUUUCCAUCAAUCCGAUCAUACUUGAUAUCGAGUAAUAAUGGCGGAAUUCCUGGAGCUGGAAGCGCAGGACGGCGUUCGGAUGUCGUGGAACGUCGUCCCUGGAACCAAGCAAGAGGCCACCAACUGCGUCGUCCCGGUAUCGGCCAUCUACACUCCGAUCAAGCAGUUCCCAAACAUUCCCGUCCUCCCCUACGCCCCUCUCCGCUGCCGUAACUGCCGUUCCGUUCUUAAUCCAUUUUCUAUUGUUGAUUUUGCCGCCAAGAUCUGGAUCUGCCCUUUCUGUUUCCAGCGCAAUCACUUCCCUCCUCAGUAUGCCUCCAUCUCCGAUGAAAAUCUCCCCGCCGAGCUGUUCCCCCAGUAUACCACCAUCGAGUAUCAGUCUCCUGGCGAGGCUGCCUCUGUUCCGCCGGUAUUUAUGUUUGUGCUCGAUACCUGCAUCAUCGAGGAGGAGAUGGCCUUCCUCAAGUCUGCUUUGUCUCAGGCUAUUGGACUCUUGCCUGACAAUUCUCUUGUUGGAUUGAUCACCUUCGGUACCCUUGUCCACGUGCACGAGCUGGGCUUUGGGCAAAUUCCCAAGACCUAUGUCUUUAAGGGCUCCAAGGAAGUCUCCAAGGAUCAGCUCCUCGAGCAAAUGAGCUUCUUCAUCAAGAAGCCUAAGCCUCCAACAGGUGUUAUCGCUGGUGCCAGGGACGGCCUUUCUUCUGAAAGCAUUGCGCGUUUCCUCUUGCCUGCGUCUGAGUGCGAGUUCGCCCUCAAUUCGGUCCUGGAGGAGCUCCAGAAAGACCCAUGGCCCGUUCCUGCUGAUCAACGUGCUGCCAGAUGCACUGGUACUGCAUUGAGUGUGGCUGCUGCUUUGUUGGGAGCCUGUGUUCCUGGUUCCGGAGCCAGGAUCAUGGCAUUUGUUGGAGGUCCAUCAACAGAAGGCCCUAGUGCUAUUGUCUCAAAGAAUCUAUCUGAACCAAUUCGUUCCCACAAAGAUCUUGACAAAGAUUCCGCAACCCAUUAUCAUAAAGCUGUCAAGUUCUAUGAAGGGCUUGCAAAGCAGCUUGUGCAUCAAGGGCAUGUGCUUGAUCUGUUUGCUUGUGCUCUUGACCAGGUGGGUGUUGCUGAACUUAAAGUUGCAGUUGAGAGAACUGGAGGGCUGGUUGUGCUUGCAGAAAGUUUUGGUCACUCAGUUUUCAAGGACUCUCUUAGACGUGUUUUUCAGUCAACUGACUAUGAUCUAGGACUAUCUUCAAAUGGUAUAUUUGAGAUAAACUGUUCAAAGGACAUCAAAGUUCAGGGAAUCCUUGGCCCUUGUGCUUCUCUUGAAAAGAAAGGACCUUUGUGCUCUGACACAACAAUUGGGCAAGGGAACACCAGUGCAUGGAAAAUGUGUGGCCUUGAUAAAGCUACGUCUUUAUGUUUAGUAUUUGAGAUUGUUAAGAAGGACAUCCCUGAUGCUGGUGUUCAAUCCACCAGCAAUCAAUUCUACUUCCAGUUUCUGACAUAUUACCAGCAUAGUAGUGGUGAAAUGAGACUUCGUGUAACAACUCUUUCAAGGAGAUGGGUUGCUGGACCAGGGAGCAUACAGGACUUGAUUGCUGGAUUUGAUCAAGAAGCAGCUGCUGCGGUCAUGGCGCGUCUAGUUUCUUUCAAAAUGGAAAUUGAGGCUGAGUUUGACCCUAUUAGAUGGCUGGACAAAACAUUGAUACAUGUAUGUUCAAAGUUUGGAGAUUAUCAAAAGGACAACCCAUCUUCUUUCAGCUUAUCUCCACGGUUUUCAAUAUUUCCUCAGUUUGUUUUUCACUUGCGGCGUUCUCAGUUUGUCCAGGUAUUUAAUAAUAGCCCAGAUGAGACUGCAUACUUCAGAAUGAUCCUGAACCGUGAAAGUGUUGCCAAUUCUGUUGUGAUGAUUCAGCCUUCGUUGAUUUCAUAUUCAUUCCAUUCAGGCCCAGAACCAGCACUUUUAGAUGUGGCUGCCAUUGCAGCUGACAGGAUACUGCUUUUAGACGCUUAUUUCACUGUUGUUAUUUUUCAUGGAUCAACUAUUGCUCAAUGGCGAAAAGCUGGAUACCAUAACCAAUCAGAGCAUCAGGCAUUUGCUCAGUUGCUGCAAGCUCCUCGUGAUGAUGCAGAUGCAAUAAUUAAGGAAAGAUUUCCUGUACCUCGUCUAGUCAUUUGUGAUCAACAUGGUUCACAGGCCCGUUUUCUUCUGGCAAAAUUAAACCCUUCUGCAACAUAUAACUCCGAUAGUCAUCACCCAGGUGGAGACAUAAUAUUUACUGAUGAUGUCAGCUUUGAGGUGUUCUUGGAUCAUCUCCAAAGAUUAGCAGUUCAAUAACAAUACGAUAAUGGGGUCAGGUAGUUUUGUAAAAUUUUUCAUUUGAAUUUUUUGUAUAGUAAUGCUCAAUGACUAAAGCCAUUCAUUAGUUUGAUUUUUGUAGUUGCUGCUCCAAAACUAGUUAUGCUUUUAUUUUAUUUCAAUAGAAAGAUGAUGGUGGUUAAUUUUUCGGUACAUUGAAGUUUUCAAGAUCUUAGCUAAUACUAGAGUCAUUCAUCUUCACUAAUAAAAUGUGAUUCUUUGG